CCAGCAGAGCGAUUGAUGAUCGACCGGCGAGCAAGAGUCGUUCGACCGGGGAAUGCGAGAAGAUCUAACAUCUUCCAUAACGUUCAUGAUGGGUGCGUGGGCGGUGCGACUGUGGUUCGAUGGUGGUACGAGGGAGGAGCGUGCUCGGUGCUGGUUGGAAGCGCGAAUAUGUGUACGCAGCUUAAGUGUUCAAACACUUCUAAAAACCUUUCCAUUUACUAUAUGAGAGAGAAAGACUCUGAAACAAAACUUAUCCCCUCAGGAGAACUUAUCUGUGGAUCAUUGUCUGGUGUAAUGUCAAAACUCGUAACUUAUCCUUGGGAUUUGGUAAGAAAAAGACUGCAGUUUCAAAACUUCCAAUACGCCCGAGUUGGCUACGGAAAGAAUUUCACUUGCAAAGGACUGAUUAACUGCUUCAAGGGGACAUUUGAGGGAGAAAAUGUGUUGGGCUUAUUCAAAGGGCUCAGUCCCAGUCUAGUGAAAGCUGCACUCACCACUGCUCUUUACUUUGCUUUCUACGAAGAAAUCCUGAAGAAAUUGAACUUAUCUUAAUCUGAAUAGUAAUAGACUGUGACAAACUUUGUGCCUUCAUCAGACAGAAUGCUAUUACUUCAGUUGGCAUGCUAUCCAGUGCCAGUUAACAUCGUCCAUGCGAUGCAACUGAUGAUGAAGUGGAAGAAUUUUAUGCCCAGGUAUUGGAAAUAACAAAGGAAUUACCAAAGCAAGAUCUAAAUAUCACAAUGGGUGAUUUCAACGCAAAAGUGAGAAAAGGAAAACUGGUGAGCGAGCAUAUUGCAGCAUUCGGAUUGGGAGAGAGGAAUAAAAGACAGAAGCGACUUGGUAACUUUGCAGCAGAGCAGCACUUCACAAUACUAAAUACAUUUUCCAAUAAAUAGUGAUAUCAAGAUAAAUAAGAGUAGCUCUCACCAAAAAGUUAACAUUCGUAAGAUGAAAAAAAAUUAGAUGUAAAAGUUAAAAUUCAUGAGAUGUAAAAGUUAACAUUUGUAAGAUGUAUAAGACACUCGCUAGCUUAGCUUAGCUCGUAUCUUAACUUACAUCUAAUUCAUGCUUUACAUACUCUCAUUACAUUAUAAUAAACUCAAUAAUACAGUUGCAUAAACUAUUAUUAUCUACGACCAUGUUGUAAUGAAAACAUUACAACAUCACAAUCAUAUCAUAAAGCUGGGGUUUCGUUUGUGCGUAAAGGCCGUCGUCGACCACGACAGGGUAAGAAUCUCAGAUUUGGUGGAUUUCAAUUUUUCUAAAUAACCUAAAACAUUAUGUUCAAUUAUGUUUUAAUAGGUGAGGUUGAGUUUAUACUUUUAAAAGGCAAUAUGUUGAUAUCAUUAGAAAUGUUUUGAUUCUUGAAUAAUAAACACAAAUUAAUAAUGAAAAGUUUUUUGAUCAGCUGUUUUAGCACACUUGAAAUUUGGACAAUAUGAAUGUCAACAAUGCUUAUCGUCGUAGACUGCAAAAGUUUACGCACGAACGAAAAUACAUCUUUACAGGGGUCUUUUCGCAAUGGAGUUUCAAAACUAUACUUUAAAGGUGGUUUUCGUUUUUCGUUUGUGCGGAUCCGCGUUCGGUUGCGCAAGCAAUUAGUCAAAAUUAAAUAGCAACUUUCCCAAAGAAUAAAUCGUAUAUAUUUGUAUCGUAUGCACUCAGCUGAUAUUAGUACGUAUUAGAUACGUACGUCAUUCCAUUUAAUAAAAAAGUGAUUUUAAUAAUAAAUACGCUAUCAACUGAAUGGAUAUUAUACAAAUAGAUCCAAUCUAUUGUUUUGGAUAGUUGCUUUUUUGACUUCGAACGCAGAUCCGCACAAACGAAAACCUACCUUAUUAUGAACAUUAUGCAACGACUUGAACUUCAUAACACGGUUUCCGUAGCAUCAA